GUGUGUUGGAGUGGGUAGUAGGGAUUAGGUAGGGGGGAGUGCGGCUUCGUGCGUCGAGGCGCGCGCUACGGGAUUCAGUCGUGUGUGCGCCGCCGCCGCGCAAGCAUCCUAGCUCUGAACGCUGUUCGACGUGCUCUAGACUUCAUCGGAACUUUGAAACUUUUUAGCGGCACAUAUGCCGCUUCUACAUCAGGACAACAGCCGCGGAGGCGGCGGUUCUGCAGAGAACCGACGCUCCUUGGCAGAUUUCCUGGGACUGGAUACCACGCUGUUGACUGAGCCUGCUGCCACAUCUGCAGUACUGCAGCUCAACAAUAGUAGCAAUGAGUGUGGAGUGGAGAGCGAGUGGCGCUGGGAGGAGCCGGGGAGCCCCGAGGCUGCGCAGACGCCGCGUGCGCUAGUGCCGCCCGCGUGCUUCCCGCCGCGACAUCCCACCGCAUUCGCGAGUUACAGUGAGAGCGCCCAGCCCGGCGCCCUGUGGACCGAAGACUCCUCCGAACAAGGGAUUACCGACCUUGUGGCCUCCUUAAAGGCCCUGGCGAUUCCAUCGGUGUCGCAGUGGCGGGGCGACGGCGCCGCGCGUGAGGAGCCCUGGCCCGAGAGCAGUCAGUGCACUGACCGGGCCGCCUUUUUGCAGAGACGCGCUUCUUUUUGUGGCGUAUCCAGCGAUCGGCACGGGAGCGGAGUCCUGCGCUGGGGCGGCAAGCUGCCCCCGCGGUGCUCGGACCCGAGCGGGGGCUUUAGUGCCAAGGUGUUCCUCGGAGGCCUGCCGUGGGACAUCACGGAGCAGGCGCUCAUGCAGACCUUGAAGCACUUCCAGCCAGUACGUGUGGAGUGGCCAGGCCGCGCGGGCGGGACCGGCGCUCCGCGCGGAUACGCGUACGUGACGUUUGACAGCGAGCGCCGCGUGAGGGCGCUACUGGCGGCCAGUAGACGCGACGGCAAUGACUGGUACUAUAGGAUGGGUGCCAGGAAGGCGAGGAGUAAGGAGGUGCAGGUGAUCCCGUGGGCGCUGUCGGACUCGAACUGGGUGUCGGGCGGGUCGGUGCGGCUGGAGGCGCGACGCACGGUGUUCGUGGGCGCCCUGCACGGCAUGCUGUCCGCCUCCGCACUCGCUACUAUCAUGAAUGAUCUCUUUUCUGGCGUUGUUUAUGCUGGUAUAGACACGGACAAGUACAAGUACCCGAUAGGCUCCGGGCGCGUGACGUUCGACAACGUGCGCUCGUACGUGCGCGCGAUAUACGCCGCCUACAUCACGAUACACACUGACAAGUUUACUAAGAAGGUGCAAGUGAACCCGUACUUGGAGGACUCUAUGUGCUCUGUGUGCAACGUGCAGCAGGGGCCGUACUUCUGUCGCGAGCCCACGUGCUUCGGCUACUUCUGCCGCUCGUGCUGGUCGUGGCAGCACAGCAGCAACAAGCACCAGCCCCUCACGCGCCACUCCAAGAGCGGCGCCCCGCCCGCCGCCGCCCGCGCGCUCAUGUCGUCGCCCACUGAACAUGGCUCCUUCAAUGGCAUGUGCACUUCCACUAAUGACGGUACACCAAGCCCCGCGACAAGUGGUACCAGUACCAGCGAGGAGGCGAGCGGUGGAGGGGAGGAGGCGGCUGAGGGGGGCGGCGGAGGGGCGUGGCCUCAGUAGCCCCCGCCCUCCUGUUGUCGACCCGCUAUUAAGUUCGGCGCUUCGCCAACAUUAAGCUUACUCAUCUGAUUUUUGUAAGUACUCGAAUAUGCGUUGUAAGGUCAAUUUAUAAAUUCUGAUCCUGCGCAGGUUUCUUGUGUAAUAGUUUUCAUUUGAAGGUUUGAAAGGACGCUGUCGCAUAUUCGAGUAUUGUAACCGAGUUCAAUUAUUUUUUUAUUGUUAUUCCAGUUGAUUCGUUUGUUUUUGUUAAUUAUUUCUUAUUUUGAUGUUUUAAUAUCGUUUUUUUUCAUCACACGUGUGAUUUUUUGCAUUAAUUUGUUAAGCAAUUUUAAAAUUGUUAUACUAUUCACUAAACUACAAUUUUAUCAUGAAAUAUUUGAUAUUGUAAUACGCCAUCAGCGUAGAGAUGUUCCUUAGACAAUUUUACGUACGUGCCUACUAGACUUACGUGGUUUUAAUCAAUUUUAAUGUGCCUACUAGUACAGCCCCAAGAGCGCUAUAAUUUUAAACAUUUUAAAUGGGCUUUUAAAAUGUAAUCAUGUGAUUUUAACAUUUUAGGAAAUGUUCAUAAUCUAAUAUGAAAUGUUGAUUUUUAUCUCUAAUCGCUUGUUUGAUUUUAAACUAUACAAAAUAUACGGUUAUUGCGAA